AUGCGCCAACUGUGUCCGGAUGAAGGAAAACUGAGUCUACGAGAAUAUGGGGAUAACUCUAAUGGACAGGAAUCCUCUGCCGAUCAUUCGGAGGAGCAAACAGGAGGUUUUACCUGGUCACACUGGAUGACACAGGACUCUAGAAAUGUGAUAGAUCUCGGUGAUGAGGCUCCGUCCGACGAUCGGUUUGUCAUUUCGCUUUACAGUUCGAGUUCGGCCCAACUCGGCCCAAAAGAGACAAAAGGAAUGAUAUGGGUUCCAUUUGCUUCAUCACAUCCUCGCAUUCUGACGGGUGACACUGCAUUUCGAUCUAUCCUCAAAGUGUACUGUUUCCGUAAACCACACUGUUACGAAGAAGUAUCAUAUCCAGGCUCGAGUCCAGACAUGAGAGUAAUCUAUGUGACGGGGAAGACGGAGGCAUUGCAAGACGCUGAAAGAACGCCAUAUAACCUAAUCAGAAAUUACGUAGGGCUCUAUUUAAGAAGCAAAAAUGAAGGUCGAAAAAAUAGUUCAAAAAGGGAAUGGGGCAAGCCGGGCUUGAACCGGCCACCUCCAGAUCUUCAGUCUGACGCGCUCCCAGAUGCGCCAUUGCCCCAAUGA